AUGGCGUAUGUCAUCAUUCAUGCCAAUGCAAUGUUCCAAAACAUGGCAUUACAGGAGAAUUUGGUCAGUGUUAUGCAUGAGAACCGUUGGAACAAGAUGCAAGGGUUUGUCUACACUACAUUUUUUAUGGGGUGAGAUGUGUUCUUGAAUUCACCCCUGCAGCGUUUCUGCAGAGCUUGCUCUUUCAGUUCAGUGGAAGAAGUUCUAGUCACAUUAUCUCCCCCUUUCCCACCAUUUUAUUGCAUAUUAAAUAAAUGCAAAACAACGUCUGGAGUACAGUUUGGGUGAUGCGUAUGUUUAUUCCAUUGCAGUGGUCACAUGUGCUACUGUGACCACCAGUACCUGCUAGGGUGCCCACAAAAUUCUCAGUAAAUAUAUCCUCAAAAAUGCACAAUGUACAAGAGACUGCUUGCUCUUCCUGCUCUGUUUACACUGGCUUAGCCUCCACAAAUUGAGCAUGGCACCCCUCCUUCUGUUUUGAACAGCUUCUCUCUGUGAAUGAGCAUGGCAGUGGCUGAUGUAGUUGCAUUUCCCCCCAUCAAUAGAGGCACAACUGCACUAUUUUGUGGUCCUAUUUCUCUCUUCUCUGUUAGAUGUGGCAGCCAUUUUUGUGACGUGGCACACUCCAUUGGCGACCAUGUUGUUGUUGCUGUUGAUGAUGGUGAUAAUACCCUGCCCAUCUGGCAGGGUUUCCCCAGCCAUGGCACUUUUUCAAAAUUGCAGAUAUUCCCUCUGACCUUUCACCUACAAUAUACACCUCAUUUCAUUUAUCAGUUGCUUCCUAUGAAACAUCCUGUGAUUAACAAUUAAAAAAUCAGUAAAAUGGGUAUGUGCUGCUAGAGAAACACAUACCCAAAAUCCCUUAGGAAUAUGGAACUAGCUGCAUAGCUUUUUGGAUCCUAGCCUACAUUUCUUACAACAUGAUCCUAUACUCAGGAGUAAGCCCUACCGAGUUCAGUGAAACUUACUCUCAGUUAAGUGUUUAUAAGAUGGCUGCCAAAAUGUGGUUUUUUUGUCCCAGAAAAAUUAUAUAAUGUAAGCUUUAUCAUGCAUCUUCUAAAUUUAAAUUGGCUCCAUACAUGCUUAUAAAAGGGAACAGGACUUUUUUAUUUAAAAAGAAAAGGUGGGGUUGCCUCCCUAGCUAAUACUAAUUUACUGGAUGUUUAAUUUUAUUGCUGUUUCAAUGUUAGAUUGCUUCUCUUAAUGCUAUCAAUGUGAUUUACGUAUUUACCGUAACAUCUUUGAAUAUGUUUCAUUUCCUUCUGCAAUUAAGCUUUUUUAUUUUUUAGCUUCUACAAGUUUUUUUAAAAAAGAUGCUAGCAAACAAAAAUGUGAAUCCACUUACUCAUAGGUGAUAAAAAUUCACAGUAAAGCCAUAGAUGUAGCAGAGUGAGAAUUACCGUAGCAGCAGGAAUCAAAGAUAAAAGAAGAUUACAGAUGAUGAAAUGUAGUAAUUGACUAGAAAUCGCUGAAAAAUACCAGAUGGAUGUCAGUGUUCCACACAUUUCUAAUAUGCCUGUGUGGUUUUAUUGAGCUUCACUUUUCAAAUUUCCUAAGUGUAAUUGUGGUUUAUUGAUAUAGUAUAUGGCCCAGUUAAUAGGUGACUGUAAAGAGAGAUGCAGCUUAAGCCCGUCUGCGUCCAGGAAUAAAUACUGCCCUGCACUGCCUGUUCCUGUUAAUGGCUGCCAGAAGAUGCAUUUGUUUCCUCGUACAUGAGCAGAAACUGCUCCAUGUUGGAUUUAAAUUGUAGGACGAAGUGCUGCAGCAAAGAUCAGGCACACAAUUAUGGUGCCUGCCAAAAGAGGCUUAUGUAGGGUUUUUACAUUAGUUUUGAGAAGAAGAGGGAAAACCCCACCAAAAGAAGAAAAACAAAUUCCUUUGGAGUAACAGCUUGUCAGAGUCAGCUUGGAGUCUUCACUCGCUUCCAAGAGCGGUUUUCUCUCAUUUUACUUUUCAGUGGUGAGGAACCAGGCACAUGCAAGUUUAUAAUAUGCCAGAUAAUAUUAACGUUUGCCUGGAUUUGCACUUCAGAGUGAUUAAAUUAAGGAAAAGAGGAGGUGCAAGAAGAGACAGUCUAUUCCACAAGACUGGCAUUACUAUGCCAAAUGAUGUCCGGGUUUUAAAAUGUGAAGCUGCUGUUCUAGUGGUGGUGGUGGUGGGGAACCUGCCUUACACUGUUUUGCAUAUUUUUUGUACCUGAUCCACCUGCUGUUUCUGCCAAGCCACUAUUGGUGUCUUUUUAUUAUUAUUGGAAGAACGUUACUCAUAUUAUCCUCCCUCUUUCACACAAACUCAAGCUCUGUUGUUAUGAAUUAACAUUGACGGACACUUGGAAAUCUGAGGGAUCAUCUCCUUCAGCAUGAACCUACCUGAAUACUAGCAUAAUUAAUAGAGGACCUCAUACCCGUCAACAUUUCUACAAUGUAAAUAGGGACAUCCUGUUUAAUAAUAAUAAUAAUAAUAUCCCAUCCAUCUGACUGCAUUGCCCCAGCCACUCUGGGCGGCUUCCAACAUAUAUAAAAAACAUAAUGAAACAUUAAACAUUAAAAAGCUUCUGUGUACAGGGCUGCCUUCAGAUGUCUUCUAAAGGUGGCUUGGCUUGGGAGUCACUUAACUCCAUGUUGUUGUUGUUUAGUCGUUUAGACGUGUCCGACCCUUCGUGACCCCAUGGACCAGAGCACGCCAGGCACUCCUGUCUUCCACUGCCUCCCGCAGUUUGGUCAAAGUCAUGAUGGUAGCUUCGAGAACACUGUCCAACCAUCUCGUCCUCUGUCGUCCCCUUCUCCUUGUGCCCUCCAUCUUUCCCAACAUCAGGGUCUUUUCCAGGGAGUCUUCUCUUCUCAUGAGGUGGCCAAAGUAUUGGCGCCUCAGCUUCACGAUCUGUCCUUCCAGUGAGCACUCAGGGCUGAUUUCAUUAAGAAUGGAGAGGUUUGAUCUUCUUGCAGUCCAUGGGACUCUCAAGAGUCUCCUCCAGCACCAUAAUUCAAAAGCAUCAAUUCUUCAGCGAUCAGCCUUCUUUAUGGUCCAGCUUUCACUUCCAUACAUCACUACUGGGAAAACCAUAUCUUUUACUCCAUACCCUCCAACAUUUGUCCGAUGCAAAUAGGGAUGUCCUAAGGAAAAGCGAGACACUCCAGGAUCAAAUCAGAAACCGGGAUGCUACUGUUCUGCCUUCACCAAUGGAGAUGGUAUGCUUCUGUAUGCCUGCUGCUGAAAACCGCUGGGUAGGGCGAGCAUGCUCCUGUGCUCAGGUCCUGCUUGAAGGCUUCCCAUGGACAUCUGGUUGGCCACUGUAAGAACAGGAUGUGGGGCUAGAUGGACCACUGGCCUGAUCCACCAGCAGUUCUGCCAUUGUCACAUGCUGAUUUGCUGGGAGUAAAUCUGCAGAGUUGUGUUCCACAAAUGUUUCAGAAAUGAACAAAGCAAAGCUAAAACUAUGCCGUAAACUGACAUGUUGUUUGUGGGGUCCCACAGCAUGAUAAACAGAUCUCCUUUUGGAAUCUCAAGACUGGGACACAUCAGAUGCAGUGUAAAUUGGGCGUUUGCUGUUAGUAUUAAUUACCUCUCGAGUGCACCGAAUACGAGCUCAUUUGUAUUCAGAACAAUCCCCCUAGAAUAAGUAAAGAAGAAAGACAGAACAACCAGAAACACAAGAAGAAAUAAAAGAUCAAUGAAUGGCAAAAAAAGAGUGUUCUAAACUUUUUUCUCCAGCUGCCUUAAAGGAUCGUCCUCAAAAAUCAGCUAUAGAUGUGUAGCUGACAUGCAACUUCUAACGCUGAUAGGUAGCAGCAGGGAUUUCUCUAGAGAAAACAUAAAGUGCUUGAUGAUCAUGUAUUUGUCUUGUUACUUGCCUUGUAAGACAGCUAAUUAUUGCAGAGGUAUCCAGAGUUAUGGCAGGUGACAGAAAUAUUGAGGACACAAUAUUGUAUAAAGAAACAGUGUAAAUCUAAUGAAUAGUCUUGGGGGGGAUUUCAGGGAGUGGGGAUUUUGCCUCACACCCUGAAAACUACAAGCUAUGUUGUUCUAAGUUCCAGUUGGAUCAUCUGUCUGGCCCAUCCAUCAACGCCAUACUCUCAUAGGUAGAUAUCCUCACAAAGGAUGCAACUUACAAGACUGUAUUCUCCAAAGGUCGUCUUCAAGGGAUCCAGUUGUGAUUAACUAGAGAUCAACUAAGGACAGUCAUGCCAUGUGUGUUCUCUGGACCCCUGCCCCAGCUCAGGUAAUUAUUUAAAGCAAUUUUGCCAAGAUACAGAAGUUCCAAACAUCUCAAUGACUAUCUGUCAGAGUUGUUCAUACUUAUGGAUUCCAACAGCCCUGCCCCCCCCCCCAGUUUUGGUUUAUGUCUCUUGCCUAGCAACAUGGAACUUCAGAUGAUUCCACCACCAUCCCAGCACAGCUAAUAGGGGAUGUGGCAGAUCAAAAUGUUUUCCAGGAAGACUCCCUCUCCUUUGGCUUGACCUCCACAAAUGCUAAGGCUGCUCUUGAAUGCUGUUGUCUAAGUACAGGCAAAUGAAAACUUCAUUCCCCAGAACUGACCUUUCAUCAGAUUGUGAGACGGGGCCAUUGUGCCCAUUUUAUACAGAGUCAAGUGAGGUUUGCCCCUGAACCUACACGUAGCAAGAAAGUUCAAUGACUCACCACUCCCUGAUGGUGUUCCUGUAUCACAUUUAUACUUUACAUUUGUACAUAUGCACAUUAACCACUGAGUAUGAAGAGUACUGAAAGAUGUUUAGAAUAAACAGCUAUGCCAAUAUAUGUUUAUAUAAAUGAAUAUUGGAAUAGGCGGUGACAACAACUUGUGACCUGUCAGUGAUCCACACCAGUAAAGCAGUAGCACAAAAGCAUGCACAAUCAGAACCAGGAAUUUAAACAAUUAAAAAAUGAAUGCAAUCAACAGUUGUGCAAACUAACUAGAACCAAUUCUAGUGAAGGACCGCAUAAAACUAAUAAUCAUCAGAAUGAACCUGUUUUAAUAGUGUUUCUUCUCAUUCCCAAUUCUGCAGUACCAAGUAUAAGUAGAUAGGACACAGUAAAUAAUGAAACAAUAUAAUGUUUUGUACCUAACACAGAGCUUUGUAAGAGAGGAAGGAAUCAUACCAGGGCUUAUAUCACAAUUGACAUGUUAAUAAUAUGUUGCUGCCUCAUCUCUUGUUAGGAAAUCAAGUAGGAAUGUCCUUUCUGGUAUUUAUGAAGGCUGACAGGGAAGUGCUGCUCAGAAGCUCUUGAUCGGUGUUGGCAGAAAUGUGCAAUUUCGUUUAUUUUGUUUUGCUGAUGGAAGUUGACAGGAAUUCAAGACUGUGGUUAGCAGCACUGUCUCAUGCAUCAGAUACAUUCAAAGAAGGGGUGCCACAAAGUUCAGGUGUCAGCUGGCUCCUUUCCAUUUAGCAGCCCUGGAAACCACUUGCAGAUCAAAAGGAGGAGAUGCAUAUCCUUCCUCUGUGGCCUCUGUGCAGAGAUGAGAUGCUUUUUGGGAUGUGGUGGCAAUCUGAUCAAGUGUAGAAAGAAGAAGAGCAUUGCGAUGGCCAGGGCCACACCAAAGGUCGCUGUUUCUGUGAUGUGUCUCUCUAUGUGCACACAUGUGUGUUUUUGACCCCACCCAUCACUGGGUGAACCAUUGCCAAUACCAUUCGAGUUUCUUCUCUGCAAUGAAAAAAGGAAUUCAGAACAAUAAUUCUAGUCCUGCUAGUGUGGCAUAGUAGUUAAGAGUGUUGGAUUAGGACCUAGGAGACCAGGAGUCAAAUUCCCAGUCAGCCAUGAAGCUUGCUGGGUGUCCUUAGGUUAGUCUCUCAGCCUAAAUUACCUCACAGGGUUGUUGUGGGACUAAAUGAGGGAGAGAACUGUAUACGCCACUUUGAGCUCUUUGGAGAAAAGGUGGGAUAGAAAAGCAAUAAUAAUAACAAAAAUACUUGGACUCUUGAGUUCCUGCAUCUGAAAAAGGAAAACAAAACAAAACUGCCUGAGUUGGUAGCCCUGGCGAUACCCUUGACAACCACUGGAACACUGGGCGCCCUUGGUGAUGUUGUUACCGUGGUAGCCACAAAAGCUCUGACGCGAUAAGAUCCAUUGUGACCCGGGCCCUGGUGAGCACUGAUCCUUUCAUUGCUACAUUCCAGUGAGGCAGAAACUGCUGCAGCAGAACGGGAAAUAUAUGACUGGUUCCAACCAUGCAGGUUGUAAGUAGAUGGCUCCACGUGGUCUGUUGCUUCUCUGUGCCUCCAUUAACUCACCAGAGACUUGCUGGUGCCAGACAUAGCCACUCGUAUUUGUCUUCUGCAACCAGCAUUUUAAAAAAAUUGUUCUGAAUGGCCUUCAGUCCUUCCAGAGAUUUUGGCUGUCAAAACAUUCCAGUAGUCUUUCUUGGCUUUUGCCAUUCUGAAUCUCAGCAUGGGUUUUCAUUGUGUUUAGUUUGAUGGCUAAGUAUUAAGAGUAUUUUGUGUGUGUUGGGAUUUGUUUCUUUGUACGCAGGAUAAAUCCCAAUGGAUUCUGUAGGUAACUGAAAAUUCGUGACAAUUGGAAGUGACUCUUCAAUUAUAUCCUGGUGGGAAAUGAUUCUUUAAAACAUACCUGGGUGCACUUAGAAUAAACUUCACCUUGUCUCAAUUUGAGAUUUCAAAAGCACUAUGAAAUAAAACCCAGGAAGAAAUGAAAUCUGCUUUAUAUUUCAACUAUUUAAUUAUCACUCCUAUAGUGCAUAUUGAGAGGACUGCAUACAAACCAUACAUUUAAAGCAUGUCCCCAUCCCCACAAUUUGUGGGAACUGUAGUUUACCCUACACCGAGAGAGCGCUACAAUUCCUAACACCCUUAGCAAACUAUAGUUCCCAAGAUUCUUGGAGGGUGAGGAAUGGUUCUUCAGGUGUAUGGCGUGCAUUCAACUCCAGACACUGUAGCAAACUUGUGUCUCUCAUACUGAAAACAGCAACAACCCCAUAAACCAAGUUUUUCUUUUUCUUUUGGUCUGGAUUUCCUGUGUGAUCUUUGAUUUUUGGUUGCUCUCUGGUAAUAUUAACUAGAUGUAUGUCUUGACAGCUAAAGAAUUAUAUUUGUGAUAAAUCAAGAUACAUACAGGGAGCUGACAGAGAGAAGAGGAAGGGGCCUCUAUGAGAGGCAGGUCAGAGUGGUUUUUCUCAGGGUGGGAGGCAAGGAAGGGGAAGCUCUCCCAGGUGGGAGGUGGGAGGAUUAAACUCUAUGUGUGAAGAUUAAGGUAAAAUGGUGACUGAGGGCUACACAGAUAUAUUUAUAAUUUUUUAUUUUAUGAGGAUCAUAUGAGGAUUAUUAUCAAUGUAUCUUUUUCUCUUUGUUUUUUCCCCUGUUUGAUAUAUUGUUUUUUAUUAUUCUUUUUAUUAGUUUGGAUUUUAUGGUAUAUUCGGUUGAAGACCUUUAAUAAAAAAAAAGAAUAAGGCUGCAAUCUCAUACAUGCUUCCCUGGGAGAAUUUAAGAUAUGUAUAAAGUUACACUGUGACAAAAGUUUUUUUGUGUGUGUGUGUGUGUGUUUUCUUCUAGAUCAACCAUGGUUGUAAAAGAAAAGAUUAAAAAGACCUAUGGCCCACAUGUUGGGAUGAGCACGGCAUAUGCCAGCGAACCAGACUUUACCUGUGAAGAUAAGGCUACACAAACCAACUUUGAUAGCCCAAGAGAUGGUAUGACCCAGGAAAAGGCAACAAAUCCAUAUACAGCCCAGAUGUUUGUGCCGAGCAAGAAAAAAUACUGUGUGCUGAAAACAGAAACACAAAUUCGAGAGAAAGUCUCUGCUGCCAAGCCAGUGUCAGAGCCUGGGGACUUUCUCGUGAAGGAAAAAGAGAAGAAAGGUCAUCAUGUUAUCUCGCCGCCGCCGGAAAACGAAAACCUUAAUCAGGUACAAUCACUCUGUGGAUUUCUCUUUCCAAGCUAUCAUCUUCUCCUUUUGCACCAAGUCUUCACACAUCAUUGGCCACAACAAUACAACACAGACCCCCUUAAAGCACAAUUCUAUGUCUGUUUACUCUGAUGUAGGUGCAAUGGAGUUCAGUGAGACUUACUCUCAGGUAAGCAGUUAUAGGUUUGUAGCCUUUAUGGCAUAUUUUAUCUUCAGUGCACCUAACUCUGUCAGACCAUCCCGUCUAUGUUCACAUUUUUGCAUCCUCCUCAGGGGUGAAGAGGCUUCCCUUUUUACACUUCCUCCUGCAGCCUCCAAACUCUCGCUCUUUCCAUGCCAUAAACUUUUUUACACAUGAGAUUAAAACACCCAGGUGCUUUCCUCACAUGAUAUUGAUGACACACCAUCUAGUGCAGACAUUUGUAAAGUGAAUGAGCAUUGUGCCAGUGUGAGUUUUAUACACAUUUGUAUUACAAACCAGAGCCACUUUACACCACUUUUGUGAAAAGGCUCGCUCAUUUGCAAAUUUAGAAGUUAUAUCUUUACAUCUCCCUCUUGUUAUGGGAGAAGACCUCUGUUUCCACACGCUUGCCUUGAUGGUCUAGGCCAGUGUUUCCCAAACUCCAGCUGUUUUCGGACUACAAUUCCCAUAAUCCCUGACCACUGGUCCUGCUAGCUAGGGAUGAUGGGAGUUGUAGUCCAAAAGCGGCUGGAGACCCAAGUUUGGGAAACACUGGUCUGGGUGACAGAUGGCCUGUGGCCCGCCACAUGUUACUGGGCACCAAGUACCAUCAGCCUCAGCCAGGGCAGCCAAUGGGUACAGGGAUGGUGGGAGCAACAUCUGGAAGGCCAGAGGUCUUCUUUCUGCCUGGACAUCUAGGUCUUCUUUCUGCCUGGACAUCUCAUAUAAUCUUGGAAACCUUUCAGAGUAUUUUUCUCCCUGCUUUACAUUUGAAUACUGUAAUUGUGAUGUUGGGAUGUAUGUGAGUGUAUGUUAGAAAUCAGCUCAUUUUGUUUGUUUUCUUGCCUCUCCUCCAAGGAGCUCAAGGCAGCAUAUGUACCUGUGCCCCUUUUUAUCCUCACAAAACCUCUGAAAGAUCACUGAGUUAGGCUGAGAGAUAGUGACUGGCCCAAGUUCAACCCAGUGAACUUCAUGGCAGAGUGGGGAGUUGGUUCUGGGUCUCCCUAGUCUGACUCAAGCACUCCAACCAUUAAAUCAAACUUCUCCAGUUCAGCAAUACUUUUAGCUUGUCUAUUGUGGGUGUUCAUCUUUUGGAUAAUGGACGCCUUUGCCGAUGUAUCCCCCCCACAACUGACUCUUCUCUGUUUUAUUUCAGAUACCUGAAGGAGCUGAUGCAGAGUCCACCGUGACGGGUCAGAUACUUUUAGCCAUUGCUAGCCUGAGGGACACAGAAAAAAAUAGCAUCCAGGCAGCUUCAGUUAUGCUGAAUUCAAUCUUGAAAAAAGAGAGGAACAAACUGAGGGGAAAGGUAAAAAAAGAGAGAGAUGCUGAUGGGUUUCAGAAAAUUGAGGUGGUUGUGCCUUGUGAGUUCUAGCAAUGAAUUCUAGAGACAGACAAAAGUACUGAAGCAACUAGCUGUUUGUAUGCCAGCUUAUUUGGUUGCCUGCUUGCAUUGUUCUGAUCCAGGAAAAGGAUCUGCUAGCCCAGUUAUAGGUUUAGCCUGUCAGGUAGUUUCUUCCCAAGAGCAGUGUUGUGACAGCCACCUCAGUUCUCUCCCCCUUGCUACCUGCGCUUUAGGUGUUUUGCUGCUCCACAUGUGCACAUAGUCUUUCCAGACAAACGAGAGCCACAGCUUCACCCCCUCAGCUGGGCUCCAUUUUCUUGGAUGUUCAUUGGCUCUUUUUGCACUCCUGUUUCCUGACCUUAGAACUGCAUCACAGCCAGGAACUUUUGGGGCUCCACAAGAGCAGCAGUACCUCCAGAGAUGGUUUAACCGUUAGGCGAACUGCACACAUGCCUCAGGCAGCGAAAUGUUACCGGUGGCAAAAUUAGAAGGACGUACACGCAAACGCAAGAGGCAAGGAGAACUUCAGCUGGGUAUGAGAGGCAGAGAAAAUCCAGUUAGUGAUCUGCCGGAUCAUCUCUAGCAAUCAGUGGGGUGACAGAUGUCACAGGCAGAUUGCCCUCGCUCACAUCCAUGAACUAGUCUGGAUAACUAUUACUAAUUGAUUAAUCCCUUUGGGUUUUGCUCAGUAAACUCCUUCCUCGCCUCGUCAGGGCUUGCAGAUGGGUUUCAGACCGGGGAGCUCCCAGCCCUCCCUGGAGAAGGCAAGGUUUGAACCUGAGAUUGUCUGCAAUACUGUACUGAGCGAUGGUAUAGAGAGGGAAUUGAAAAUAAUAAUGAUAUAAUAAUAAUUUAUUAUUUAUACCCCGCCCAUCUGGCUGAGUCUCCCCAGCCACUCUGGGCGGCUGCCAAUCAGAUGUUAAAAACAGUACAGCAUUAAAUAUUAAAAACUUCCCUAAACAGGGCUGCCUUCAGAUGUCUUUUAAAGAUAGGAUAACUGCUUAUUUCCUUCCCAUCUGAAGGGAGGGUGUUCCACAGGGUGGGCGCCACUACCGAGAAGGCCCUCUGUCUGGUUCCCUGUAACCUCACUUCUCGCACUGAGGUAACCGCCAGAAGGCCCUUGGCGCUGGACCUCAGUGUCCGGGCUGAACGAUGGGGGUGGAGACGCUCCUUCAGGUAUACAGGACCGAGGCCGUUUAGGGCUUUAAAGGUCAUUUAAAGGUUAUUCACGCUGCAAGGUGACCAUGCUAAGUGAUCAAUGACAUCAGUAUUGCGCCUGCUAUAUCCUGACAUUGCCACACUGAGGAGCAUGACAGGAAUUAACCUUUCAUAACACUAUUUUCAGCCCUGCCUAUACCUGUCCAGUGGGCAGAGACUGGAACGGCCAUCAGUGGUCAGUGUAGGUAAAAUUGAGCUGUUGAGCCAAUGGUCUGAUUCAGUAUAAGUCAGCUUCCUUUGUUCCUAUACCAAAACAAAGACAGGAUGAACUAUCUGUAGUUCUCUAGAAGCAAAGCAACUGCGCUGCUGUAUCUGAUCAGUCUGCUUGUUACGAACAUCCAUAUGUAGGUCAGAUUCCAGCAAAUUAAAUCAAACUCUGAAGUGCUAGCAGGUAUCUAGUUGGUUGACACUUGCACAAAAUGACUGAAUGCAAAUAUAGUAAUGUGUGUACACUGUGCUAUUUUUCUAGAUAAGGAGAUGCCGGAGCUCAACCAUCUUUUUCUCCCAAAAAUCACCUGACAGGGAUGGAACACCAUACUGCUUCCAUGCAUUUUUUAAUCAAAAGUUUUCCAUGGCUGUGGCAAGCACUGCACUUUCUAACUGCUCUGAGCAACUAGAAAUGUUUUUAAGAAGUGAAAAAAGAGAGAGAGGAGGAGGAGACGUUCAGGGAAGCCCUCAGGCUACCUUGAAAGUUCUUUAUCGGUGAUAAAUGCAUUUUUAAAGCGUGCAGAAUAUUUAAAGGAUUUUGCCAAACAAAUCCGCACAGAAUGGAAUGAACAUGUCGGUCUACUCAUAUGCAAAGAACAUGAACAUUAAGAGCAUUUUGUCCAUCCCUAGUAAAGGAUAGUGGGCCUCUCUUAUCUCUGUCUAGCAAGCCCUCUCUGCUGCAUAUGCAUAUAUAUAUAUAUCGGUGCAGCUUUCUAAGCUAUGAGAGUUCAUAUUACUGUGCGCACUCCCCCAAUUCUGAAUUCAACCCAAUCACUAUCUGUAAUGCCUGUUUCAAAAACUCUCAGCUGAUUCAGUCACUGCAAGUCAGCCUAGUAGCAAUCAUGUUUAGACAUGUUCUAAACAUCCAAAUUAUUCUCAGGUCAGAGCAGUAUCUGAACAGCAAGGGUCUACUGGUUGGAGGGGCUGCAUAUAUAACCAUUGUAGUGCAGUGAUGCAAUUUGUUGAGUUCAUUCUAACCUCUUUAUGACAAGAGCACGGCCGUUUACCCAAACUGCUAUCUUUUCUGUCGCACUGCAAGCCAUUCUCACCUAGACACUAAGAAGUGCUACAAGCAUUCAUAUCUGAGGACCAAAAAUGUAAAAGCAAAUAAAAUGCAAAAGCAACAGAAACUGUGAAAGAAUCAUCAAUGUAAACCCUUGUUUUGUUUUAUCCCAGGUGCCAGAAAUCAUUGAUAUUAUUUAUUUCCACCUGCGAGCUAUCCAGGAACCUAGUGCAAGAGAAGUUGCCAUAGGGGCUGUGUGCCUCCUGGCUGAAAAACACACAGAAGAAACUGUUUCAAGCCUUCUGAAACUCUCAUUGCUUUGUGACAGGUGAGGAACUGAGUGAGGAAUCCAUGAUUCCCUGUGAGGUAAGUUAGGCUUUGACUCGCCCAAGGCCACCAGGUGAGUUUCAUGGCUGAGUGGGAAUUUGAACCCAGGUCUCCCGGGUUCUGUGCUCCAACCGCCAUGCCACACAGGGAAAUAACAUUGAUUCACCUGUGUGAGUUCCUCUGGUUGCCUCUGAUGGAAAAAUCUGUGGGCUAAAUUGGCAACGAUAUCGCUCGCUCCACCUACUCAAAUAUUCAGAACUUAUACCAGAAUAUUGUAGGUGACCUUUGUCACUUAUAUAACCAAUGUAAAUAUUCUUGGCGAUUCAAUUACACUGAGCUAGCAAAAGGUCUGAGCAGCUGUCCUGAUACAGCGCCUAAAGCGUGUGACGAUAGCCACCAAUUAUUCCAAGGUGACAGCAUUCACUUCAUUUUAUUCCUGUGAACAACGAGAUAAAAUCUAAGGGUAAACCAAGGAAUAUCAUAAGAUGCUGCCUUAUAGCAAGUCAGAAUAUUUAUCCAACUAGCUCAAUAUUGUGUACCCGGGGGGCAAGGAACCUUUGUCUCAUGAGCAGCCAUCUUGGGAGCUGUAUUCCAGUGGUGCGUUGGGACAGAGCAGUUCCAGCUGGUGACAUUUUGCAGUUUUUAGGCAAGUGUGUCUAAAAAAGCAACAUAUCAAUUAUUCUCUGCAUAUCCAUGGACAAGAUAAGAAAUUCCAUGUAACAGGGACCAGGCAUCCUUUUCAUUCAAAACUGACUCCAUAGCUCUUAUUUAGAAAUUAUACCACACCACAUGAAAGAUGCAUUUUUGAAUUUGUUUAUUGUUUAUACCUGCACAUGCAUUUCCAAAAAAAACCUAAUCAUACAAAAAACAACAACAACCAACCGUUUAAAACGUGAGGAAAAGAUGCUUGCUGGUUUCCCAUAAGCAUCUGGUGGGCCACUGUGAGAACAAUACGCAGAACUAGAUGGGCCAUAGGCCUGAUAGCCAGCAGGGCUCUCUCUUCUUACAUUGUCUGUUCUGGGGGUUGUUGCUAGACUCAGGUCUUUUUAUUUUAGCUGGAGCUCACCAGAACUCAGUUCCAGCACCUCUCAGGUGGGCUCCAUUGCCAUUCUGAAAGAAGGAGGUGUUCAUGGUGAGUUCCGGCACCUCUUUUUCAUAACACUGGCUAGACCGAUGAAAAUAUCAAAUCCUAUAAAAUGCCUUUAGCCCUCUAGUAGUAAACAAACAAUAAUUAUUUGCAGCAAACAGGCUUUCAGUUCUGUUGGGCUCCUUUAUCCAUCUUAAUUCAUGUACAGUGGUACCUCGGGUUACAAACGCUUCGGGUUACAAACACUUUGGGUUACAAACUCUGCUAACCUGGAAGUAGUACCUCGGUUUGAGAACUUUGCCCCAGGAUGAGAACGGAAAUCGUGCACCAGCGGCAGUGGGAGGCUCCAUUAGCGAAAGCACGCCUCAGGUUAAGAAUAGUUUCAGGUUAAGAACGGACCUCUGGAACAAAUUAAGUUUGUAACCCAAGGUACCACUGUAUAUACAUAUAACUUCACUUUAAACAACACUAGAAAUGUGAUAGAGAUUGAGAUCAGCAGUAGGGUGGGUGGGUGAGUGGGUGGGUGGGUGUGUAGACACUGAUAUAGAUUUGUUUGUUUUAAUUUUAGGCAUAUUACUCAAAUCUGGGAAGCCUUGGGCCAAGCUAAACAACCUGUAAGACUCCAGGUUCUUGCCAAGCUUCUCGAAGUGCUGAAAAGGAAACCUUGCCUUAGCGGCGAACGCCCGGGAUCAGAUGGAAAGUUCACAGACAACUCCUCCCUUCUACCUCUAGCCGUGAGAGAAAUAUGCUAUUCCUUUACCUCCAAUUGUAACAAGCUGUGCUGUGCUAGAGCAUAGACUGGGAUCUAGAAAGAUGCACAACAACUUGGAGGCCACCACCCAAUAGAACAGGGGUUACCAAAGUUUGGGAACUGUUUUUGGACAACAGUUCCCAUCAUCCGUGACCACUGGUCCUGCUAGCUAGGGAUGAUGGGAGUUGUAGUCCAAAAAAAACCCUGAAGACCCAAGUAUGGGAAACCCUGAAAUAUAGGGUGCACAAAACAUGGCAGGCCCUGUUAUUGGGCAGAGUGAGGUGGUUGCCUCAGCAGCUGAUUCUGGGGGUGCAGGUGGAGCAGACCCUCCUGGCUAUACCUUCUGAGCCCACCUCUCUUCUUUUUAGUCCUCCUGGGGCCCGCACUCUGGUGGUGAGGAUGCUUUCUUGUUCUUGGCAUGGACUGGCUGACUAGCUGUUUUGCCUGGUUGCCUUCCCCCCAGCACAUCACCAACAGUGCCAUUGGGAAAGGCCUCUGCCCUGACUGAGUGAGCAAGCAAGCAAGCAGAGAGACAACCAGCCCAGGCCAUGUACUCUGGAAGGAGUUGGACAUGUGCUUAAGUUGCACAGCUCAUGCCCUGCAGCAAGCAGGUGCUAAGCACAGAAGCAAACAAAGUGUUGGAGGGCAGAGCUCUGUAUCUCACAAGGCCUGCUCUGUUUCACCUCCCAUGCUAGCCUGCUGCCCUUCUGUGCUGUGGCGGAUUCUCUCCCAUUCCCAGUCUUUUAAGUAACGUUCAAUCGAAGGCUGCCAUCUUAUCAUUCAUUUCAAGCAAUAGAAUGUUCUGGAACCUGUGGAACUAGGCCAAGAUAUGACCAGAUUCAAGCUUUCACAUUUUCUGCAGUGGCUCCCCAUUUGUGGAAUGCUCUCCCCACGGAGGUUCAGCUGGCGCCUUCAUUAUACACCUUUAGGCAUCAGGCGAAAACGUUUCUCUUCAACCAGGCUGAUUAACACCCUAUAACAUCUUAAAUGUGUUUGAGGGAGGGCUGCUAUUGGUUUGUGUGUGUGUUUUGGUUCUUGUUUUUAUUAUGGAUUUUGUUUUUUUAAACUUGUAUUUUGAUGUUGUGAACUGCCCUGCGAUCUACAGAUGAAGGGCGAUGUACAAAUUUAAUUAAUUAAUAGUAUUCUGAUGCCCCAGUACUGAACCAUCUCUAUGCUUGGAGAUGCAAUCUGGCAAUAUUGCUUGGCUACCAGUUACAGAAGAUGUCGGGCUUUAUGGGGAGAGGGGACAAAACAGGGAAGGGAACAAAAAGGACAUGAAAAAUAUUCUAGGUUGCUUGUCCCCAGGUUUUGCUAGAAUCUCUCAUUGUAGCCAUACAACAGGGGCGGCCAACGAGAACUCAGAGGUUGUUAGACUCCAGGUCCCAUCAGGGCCAAUGGUGUGAGAUGAUGGGAGUUGUAGUCCAACAACAUCUAGAGGGUGCUACCUCUGCUCAUAAAGUAACCCUAACUCACAGUCUUAGGGUAAGACUGCAGUGAUCCAAGAACAAACAUAACGAGUGAUAUCUGCUUGUGGGGGAACAACCAAACUUCCUAGAAUUAAGGUCUGGUUUUUCUUUUAUUCUGUUUCAGGCAACAAAGGCCCUAUGCAUAAUAUUUAGGGAUAAAAAGUGCAAAAUCCCUAUGAACAGCUAUUACGUAUCUGUGAUCAUCUUCCUAGUUAUUCAGCUGCACUACUUGAUGAACUGUACAGAUUCCGAACCUGGACAGGAGGACAUAAUCAGAACAUCAAACUACAUAAGGUAACAGGCAGCUAAUGGAGUACUACUAACCAUGUAAAUAUCAGUGUCUGAUAAGAACAUAAUUCUCUCUUCUUUGGCUUGUAAGGAAAGGCUCUGGAGGUCUUACUCUUUCCUGCACUGCAGCAGGGGAGCUAUUCUCAUUAAAAUGUCUUAGCAGAAAAAGGCUUUCUAAUCUGAAAAAGAUUGUCCAUUCCAAAAUGGCUUUACUGGGAAAUUUAUUUUGCUUUAUCAGUAAAGUCCCACUGGGCUUUUAUGUGGUUAGGAUAUUGCCUCCUAUGCAGAGGUAGGAGUUGGUUGCUUUGCCCAGUUUUGUUUCCACUCCACCCGCGUUGUCUCUGCCUCUGACCAGUUCACUAUUCCAUGCCCUCAUCAAAGAAAGGGAACAUUGAGCAAGAUUCCAUGAGCAUUCAUGGGAUUAUGAUGCCCUGGACCAUACCUUCCCAAAAUGUACACAAAUAUUUUUUUAAAAAAAAAUUCAAAAAGAAAUUUCAUUAUCAUCAUCAUCAUAUAAAUAAUAAUUAAUAAUAAACAACAUGCAUGCUGUGUUCCUUUCCAAACUUGGCUUGUUCUAAUGAACUGAGCUGUCUACACCACUUCCUUCCUUUUUGUUUCAGGUUCCAAUUACAGUAAUAAUGCAUUUCAUAACCUUCAAGAUGCAAGCUCCUAGUAAACCAAACCACAAUCAUUUAUAAAGGAUUUAAUAAUGCCAUCUAACAAAACUCAUGAAGGGGUGUGUGUGCCAUAGGGCUCUAAGUAAGGUAAUUGUCCCUGUCAUAUACUUUUUCUUUCCCUGAAUUCAGCUGCGCCAUGGAUGCUUUAAAGGCCUUGGUGAAAAGGCAGAAGGCUCCUCAGGCGUGUUUUACGAGUCUAACAGGAAGCUGGGACCUUUUGGCUUCACCAGAGAACUACCUGGAAGGAGUUCUCCUUCUGGCCAGGCAAGUAGUGGAGGACCUGAAUUUGAGGCUGAUUAUUGUGUUCUUCAGUGUGCCUUCUGCAUAUUCAAAAAUAAAAUAUUGUUUAUAUCCUUACAGAGCCCUUGUCAAACAUCAUCAUGGGCUUGACUAUGCGGUAUUUACCAAGGUGAUUCCUCUUCUCCAUCAUGGGGAUGACCAACAGAAGCUGACGGCAAUGGCCUUUUUCACUGCAGUAUGUCUAUUUUCUUGUCUGAGUAGCAUCUUGAGAAAUAUGACAUUACAUAGCCACUGAGUAUAAGUGUGGUCCUAGCAGAACACAAAACUGUAAAUGUGUUUGUGUUUGCAUCCUUUUCUUUUUGCCUUCAGACACCAUGAGGAACAGGCAAUGGUUAAGAGGAAACAUUCCAUUGCUGUACCAACAGAUACAGUACUUUAUAUCUACUGACAAACCUCCUAGCUCUUACAUUUUUUCACCCCUCCAUUACACAGCCUAUGUCAAUGUUGCUUGGAAGCUUUUGGCGGGCCAAGCAGAAAAAGCUGUGGAGAGUAUAUGUGAAUGUAUUUGCAUAUAUGCAUGUGUUUAUAUUUGCAUAAAUGCUUACGAGCUACUUAGAAUAAUAGAAUUGUAGAGUUGGAAGGGACCACCGAGGGUCAUCUAGUCCAACCCCCUGCAACGCAGGAAUCUUUUGCCCAACGUGGGGUUUGAACCCACGACCCUGAGAUUAAACAUCUCCCUAGUUGUGAGGAAUAUGACUAAGGCCACUGUUGGCAUGCAGCCCUUGGGAGGUUGGAGAGACCCUCAGGACAAAAAAGGCUCCCUGGCGUACACUGAGUGGCAAUGGCUUGAGGAGAUCUCUCACAGCCUUGUCUGGAGAUGCCAGGAUUGAAUCUGGGGUGUUUUGCAUGGAAAGCAGAUGCUUUCUAGUCACUGAGCUAGAAGCCCUUCCCCAGUCACUUAGGAAUGGAAAACAAAUGUUAGGUUGGGCCCUUGUAUAUUCACUCAGUUCCAGCCUGUCUUUAUGGCAGGGUUUCUGUACACAUUCUUCUCCCCUCUCUCUCUCUCUCUCUGCCACUGUGUGAGUGUCUGGAGGUGGUUGGGGGAUGGAUGGCGGCUAACAGAUUGAGGUUGAAUCCUGACAAGACAGAAGUACUGUUUUUGGGACACAGGAGGCAGGUGGGUGUGGAGGACUCCCUGGUCCUGAAUGGGGUAAUUAUGCCCCUGAAGGACCAGGUGUGCAGCCUGGGAGUCAUUCUGGACUCACAGCUGUCCAUGGAGGCACAGGUCAAUUCUGUGUCCUGGGCAGCUGUUUAUCAGCUCCAUCUGGUAUGCAGGCUGAGACCCUACCUGCCCGCAGGCUGUCUCGCCAGAGUGGUACAUGUUCUGGUUAUCUCUCACUUGGACUACUGCAUUGCGCUCUACCUUUGAAGGUGACCCGGAAACUACAACUAAUCCAGAAUGCGGCAGCUAGACUGGUGACUGGGAGUGACCGCUGAGACCAUAUAACACCGGUCUUGAAAGACCUACACUGGCUCCCAGUAUGUUUCCGAGCACAAUUCAAAGUGUUGGUGCUGACCUUUAAAGCCCUAAAUGGCCUCGGUCCAGUAUACUUGAAGGAGUGUCUCCACCUCCAUCGUUCUGCCCGGACUCUGAGGUCCAGCGCCGAGGGCCUUCUGGCGGUUCCCUCGCUACGAGAAGCCAAGUUACAGGGAACCAGGCAGAGGGCCUUCUCGGUAGUGGCACCCCCCCUGUGGAACGCCCUCCCACCAGAUGUCAAAGAGAAAAAUAACUACCAAACUUUUAGAAGACAUCUGAAGGCAGUCCGGUUUAGGGAAGCUUUUAAUGUUUAAUAGGUUGUUGUAUUUUAGUGUUCUGUUGGAAGCCGCCCAGAGUGGCUGGGGAAACCCAGCCAGAUGGGCGGGGUAUAAAUAAUAAAUUAUUAUUAUAUAUUAUUAUAGUAUAAUGUAAAUAAUUUCUGGUGCAUUGCAUAAGUAUAGGUAUGCGGUGAAAAACAACUCAAAAAGUGCAGAUAACACAUCCUGCCAACAGAAUUUGUAGCCAGCAGAAAAGUUAGAGAUGUCUGAAACAGACCGUGACUGCAACACAAAAAGCAAAACAAUACUAUUCCAACCAAAUCCUACCACUUUACCAAUAUCUUUUUCAUAUAAAAAAAUAACAGUAUUUGGGCUUGAGGGGAAAUCUUUAUCCAUUAACUGAAACACCAGCAACAGCUGAGAGUGACUCCAGUAUUCUAUCAUUACCUUUCGAUAGCUGGCUACGUAUGGGCAAAGUUCUCUGAAUUUCCUGCCACAUAUUUACUGCUUUGUGUUGUUCAGCUUCUCUCGUCUGAAUCCACCUACACGGUGCUACAAAAACAUUACAUCCUGGGCCUGUUGAAGAACUGGCAGGCUGAUUCGUGUCCAACCUACCGCUGGCUCAGUCUCCAUGGAAUGGGCAAUGUGGCGCGUCACCUGCAAAACGUAAGUGAUUUCAUUUUUGUUGUUGCUGUUUCUUAAAGGAAACUCUAGGUAAGGACAAGGUGGAGGUGUUGAACUGGUGAUCUGUACUGAAGCAAAACAUGCUAUACUGAAACAAGAAGUUGGGGGGAGUAUCCUUAAGAAACUGAUCCAGGGGCAGAGCUCCAGAACCUGUGUCAGAUGCCAGAGCCUAGGCAUGGGAAUAUGUGAAUAAUAAGGACAUGUGCAGAGUACCUUUUCUCACCACUUAAUAAUCACAGCUAGAUGUGAACGUGGCGAGACUAUGACAGAAGCGGGAUAAAUAGAUUAUAUUUUCAACUGAGUGUGUGCUCAGGGGCAAGAACUAUUGGGCAGUAUUCAACAAAUGUGUCCCAUCUAUGUGCCCCAUUUAGGAUGAUGGAGAGUCUUUCCUCCACUCCCAAUUCAUAACAAUAUGAAGGGAAAAUAGGGGCCUUAAAGUUAACCUAGGACAGCAAACCAACAGAUACCCUGGUCACUGGGCACAGACUUACUUACAAUGGUGCAAGUGUAUAGUAAUAAUUUCUAAAUGUGCAUCUAUAGUUAUAAAUUAGCAUAUGUACAUUUUAUUCAAAUCUGUGUCAUGGGGCGAUACGUUUCCUGGUUAUGUGGCAGCAUGUGACCACCAAAACAAUGCUUUGCAUUACAGUAAAUGAGAAAUGGGAGGAGAGGGGGUUGUGAACACGGUACUUGUUCUCAGUCCAAUAAAUCUGGUUUUGCUGGACUGAGAUUAUUACCUCUUAAUUGGGCUUGUGUCUGCAUCCAUUAUAUGUUUCAAUAGCAUCAAUGAAUGAAACAGCUGUGGUACAUAAAUGCCAUCAGUUUCCUGAGUCUGAAAAUGGUUUGUCACACUGGAGAUUCCUGGUGGUAAAUGCUGUAGUGGAGGGGCUAGUCAUGGCGUUCAGUGUGUGAACUUGGGCCAACCAUCGUCUGAGCCUAGCUUACCUCACAGGGUCUAGCCUACCUCACAGGGCCUCACCCAGAGAGCUUGAGCUCACCCUGGCAGAGGAUGUUAUCACCCCCUGCUCUGUUAAGUUUCCCUGCUACACCUCUGCUCCUAAAACACCAGAGAAUGUGUUCAUGUUUUAUGUAUAAAAGCCCUGCAUUGGGGGAACAGUUUCUAGGCUAGUAGGUAUGGCUGCCAGGUGAGGCUUAAGCCUUUCAUUUUCGGAAUGGAGUGAAGCUUAUCUGCAGCUAGUGAUAUUGCUGACCAGGCUCAGGCACAAUUUUGUGCAACUCUGAACAUUUGGGUCCCUUUCCUUCACGGAUGAGACCGAGAUCCAGUGGAGGAUGCCACUAGUGGAAUGGAGGGGAGGCUAUUUCUCCUGAUUCCCUCCUUCCCACUUAAAUCACCUCUCAUAUUGUUCUGGUAGGUUCCCCCAACCCUCCAGAGCAGAUUUUUGGGAGGGCACAAAGUUCUCCAGGGAGGAAGAGUAUGGGAAGUGUUCCCCCACUCCUUUCCACUGGUGGGAGUACCACGUGUGCACAGCUCUGGUCAGGGGACAACAGCAAGACUAAACUAAGGAUCCCAGUCACAUAAUGUGAAAUUGCUACUGUAGUCUAACAGUAAAAGGAUUUCGGUGUCCUUUCAGAAGAAAGAGCUCUCCAACCUGCUCCUGGGUAUACUUCCAAGUUUUAACGACACUGAUGAGAAGGUGAUUUUGACAGCUAUGGAGGUCACAAACAAGAUCGUAACACUCCACAAAAACAAUAUAAACAUGAACAUAUUUGUGAAGAUCGUCAAACAGCUUCAGCCUUUCUUGGCCGACGUAAGUUUCAGAAGAAUUGUUCAUCUAUGUGAGGCGGGCUUUUCCAGGUGUAAGGGGAGAAAAAGAGGAGCCAGAACUCACCAUGAACGCCUCCCUUGUUCUCUUAUAAUGGCAAUGGCGCCCACCUGAGAAGUGCCAGAACUGAGUUUUGACGAAUUCAGGCUGAAAAAAAGCCCUGGAUAUGUCUCCUGUAUGCUCUUUUCAAGUGGCAGUGACUGCAACCAUUGAGGAUGUCUUGCCCAAGUGCCCCCUCCAAAAAAACAAAAAAACCCUGGAGCCGGCAGUGAACAAUUAUGCUUAGGAUUGCAGUCUUAAACAUAUUUGGGUCAUGGUGCAUUUAUUGGGGUGGGGUGCACAGAUCUUAGAAAAUUACCUGCAGUCCAUUCUCCAGGCACGGAAUCAGGCCAUAGUAUCUAAGGCUUAAAAUGUAAGCCAGGUUGUUCUUUUUCACAGCUCGGAUUGAAGCUGAUUUGAGGGAAAUGCAUCAAAAGGCAAUAUUUCACGAGAAAUAACAGGAUAGAUACAGGAUAGAUAAUAGGGAUUGUGGCUAACAUUGUGCAAACACCUCUUCCCAAACCAGUGGUGAGAGUGCCCUGGAUGCAGUGUAAACAGGAGUAUCUAUCUACAUAGCCUCAAAGUGUCUCAGGAAGGUUAUCAAGUCAAACUUUUUCCUUUCUCUUUCAUUCCCAGGGGAGACCCAAAAUAACCUGUGCGGCAAACAGGCUGUUUCAAGACAUGAUUAAGAACCUGGACGUGAAAGAAAAAGCCGCUUUGCAGGACCAGGUUCUCAACAGUAUUGUCACGUUGCUACUGAACCUCCAAGAUCCACAUCUGACUGCGGCUAAGGUAAAUGAUAUUGUGCCUUUUUGCAAAGCCUUGAUAAGGACGCCCUAAGGGCAUAGCUGUCAACCGUCCCUUAUUUGGCGGGAAAGUCCCUUAUCCCAGUGCUGUGUCCCACUGCUGUCCCUUAUUGAUGAUGUCCCUUAAAUUUCCUGGGUUUCAAAGGAAGCAGCUCCUCUCCCUCCCUCCCUGCCGGCCAGGGAGGAGGGAGGCUCCAACUGUGUUGCUUGGCUGUGUUGCUCACCCAGUAAGGAGCCUAAGAACAACUAGGGGGUGGAGCUUGCAUGCCUUGUGCCGAUCAAAUCGGUCGCGUUGCCUGGGGACUCACCUUUGCUCAGCGCUUCCCAGCGGAGAGAUGACGGUGGUUCUCCUUGCUGCAUCCCCUUUGCCGGGUUGCUGCGCUGUGGGAACCACCACUUGAGGCUUUGUGUGGCUGCUGGCUGGGCUUUCUGCCUUUGUCUCGGAGGGGCUCAGAAGUUGAACAUACCUGUGCCCUGAAAAUCCAUUAUUUUGGCUGCUUAUCCCUUAUUUUUGAGGCUGCUGGUCCCUUAUUUUCAAAUCUGUAACUUGACAGCUAUGCCUGAGGGAGACAUCAACCAAGUUCUCUCUGGUUGGCCUCUUCCUACACCGAUGGGAUGUUGUGUAUUUACCUGGCAGUCCUGGCAACUACAAGAGGCAUCCAUAACAGACCUUUCAAUCAGUGCUGGGCAGCUGGAAACAACCAGUUAAAUUUCUAGGCUGAGGGACAUUGUGGGAAAUUUAAAUGGAAGCUCACAGGCCUAGGAAACAUCAGCAGUGUGCCCUGCUACAGUGCCGGAACUCUAGAAGCUGCCCAAAGAUGCCACAUGGUGGCACCAGUUCUGGUGAGGCCAAUGGGGCUUCUCAGGGCACCCUUCCACCUGUGACAAUGGCCACAGCCAAAAAGUGCAGCUCUAUAGUCCAAGGCUAGAAGGGCCUCUCCUGGCAAGAUGUACUGCUCAUGGUUCCAAAAACAGAAAGUUGCUUGAACAGCAGAAGAGCAAUCUUCUGUUUUGCACCAGAGCACACCUAUUUAUCUUUGCAUGGAUUUGUUCUAAUGAUUUAUUGCACUUGCUCACUGCUUUUAUAAUUGAAGUACAGUAUCCAGAAUAGUGUGCGACUUUAAAAUACAAAUACCAACAGUUCAGUUUUUGAGGCUGACCAAUAAAAUAACAAACUCCGAAUAAAUGCAGCGCUAAAAAUAUGAUUACUUUGGAUCAGAAGACAAGGCAGCACCUGCAUAUUUUGUUGCAGUGACACAAUACAGCUGGGGAUACAGUUGAGAACAGGCCAGUUGAGGGCUGGAUUGGUAUAGUGGCUCCAAGAAUGUGGAGUUGCCAGUCCUGAGUUCAAAUCUCACCUUAGCCAUGACAUUCUUGGGCUGCUUAAGCAAACUACAGUCUCCUAAUUUCAGCCCCUACUCCCUGUCUGGAAUAUAAUGCGAUAACGAUAAUGUUGACCAACCUUCCAGGACUCAUGAUAUUACAAGUGUAAGCAGUGGUGGCUGGUGCCCAUUUCAACUAGUGGGGUAGAAGGCAGGGAGACCAACUAUAGUUGGAGCCCAAGCUAACCCCAAGCCAACUGGUUUUAAGAAAGAAGGUAGGCAGGUGGCGACUGAAAGCAGAUUGAGGUUGGUGUUACAGUGGUCUAUUCACACUAACGGCCCAGCCUCUACUGAGUGAACCGUGCUUUGAAGACAUAGCUCAGUCCCCGAGGAAGCAAUUCCUAAAAGCUUGGGAAAUAGGUGGUGUGAAGAAUUCCUAUGAGGAAAUUAUUAACUGGUAGACCUCCAAGGACCAAACUGGAAGCACAGACAGAAUAGCUGCUGAUAUACACUUCAUUCUUCUUUUUCAGUAUACUGCGUUUAAAUUAAUCGGAUGCUGAUUUUUCCAGAACAACAGUUUGAAAUCAACAGAUAUGAAUUCAUUAAUGAAUAAGGAGCAGAACGUUCCGGAAUUGUUAGAACCAAACUGGGGAUGGGUCUAAAACUUGGGCUUGUUGAUGGGUUUAGAGCAGUGUUUCCCAAACUUGGGUUUCCAGCUACUUUUGGACUACAACUCCCAUCAUCCGUAGCUAGCAGGACCAGUGGUCAGGGAUUGUGGGAAUUGUAGUCCGAAAACAGCAGGAGACCCAAGUUUGGGAAAUACUGGCUUAGAAGAAAUGGUGAGCUUCGAAAGCCAUAAUGAUAUAUUAAGGUUUCUUUAUACGUUGGGUUUCGGUGACUUUCAUCAUUAUUUCAUUUAGCUCUGCACUCAAGAGAGCUAAAAACUUCCUUCUCUAAAUAAAAGUUCUGAUCCUAAUAACAAUUCUUAAAAGAUCCAGCAAACUGCACAAAAGGGCUUAACAGGAAGCAGAUUGCACACAAUUUCUUUAGAUGAUUGAGGCAAUUGCAUUUGGCCCUUCUAUAAUUUAUUUGUCUUUAUUCGACUUUUUUUCCAAUAAUCUUUUUUCCCACUAAUUCUGGGGAAGGCUUCUUGUCUCUCUUGUUUUACAGAGUCGUAGAGACAGCUUAAAAGAAUGCAAAGUCUUCUUGGGAUGGACUGCAAAUGACAACCAGGACUCUUGGAGCAUGAUUUGCAAGCACCUUGUGAGGCCCUUUGUGCACACUGGGAUCUUUUCAAUAUUAUCCGUAGACUUCAUAUCUGUUGAUUUCAAAUGAACCAGUGAAAGUGUGUGUGGCAGAGAAACAGGCUUCCUUCAGGCACACUGAAGGAAUGUAUAUGCCCCUACCAUAUGUAUUUUGAUAAUCCCCGGCCAAUCCUGCGGAAAUGUUGCAUUAGAACAGUUUCCCAAACUUGGGUCUCCAGCUGUUUUUGGACUACAACUCCCAUCAUCCCUGACCACUGGUCCUGCUAGCUAGGGAUGAUGGGAGUUGUAGUCCAACGACAGUUGGGGACCCGAGUUUGGGGAACUCUGCAUUAAAAUACCCCCAAAACAAGAAAACCUGAUGCAUGUCAUUCAACGAUCACAUAGCCAUUAUUGGAUUUCCCCCCCAAGGAAGUUGAUUCCAUAAUUUUGGCCUCCAUGCAUUAGAUUUUACUUGCACAGGGUGUACUUGAAUGUGCCAUUCCCAGGUGGAUGGCCAGGGAUGCCAGAGGCAGGGACAGCAGACCAUGUGAUAGGCUGGAUCCUGGAGGGGGAGCAGUAUUGGCCAAUCCGGCCCCAUGACUCUACAAGUUUCACUUUUGUUUCAAAAGGAUCCAUUCCUAACUGGCAAAUAUACCCUGCCUAUGCAGCCAUUACAGUGUGUUUAUCAAAGUGUUCAUUUUCUAGGUUAAGGAACAUCCAGGAAAACUACGGAACUUUCUGGACCAGGCGCAAGACUAUACUCAAAGCCCACAAAUGUAUACAAGAAAUGCAGCCACCAUGUUUAUAGGUAUAUAAACAGAAUGCUUUCAUCUUUAUUUGCCAUCCCAGUUCUGUCACAGCUCGUAAGACUAUUCUGCUUAGGAGGAGAAACUUCUUUGAAUUCUUAUCUACUAAGAAGUAAAUCCCCACUCAGUUCAGUGGGGAUUUACUCCCAGGAAAAUGUGUAUAGGAUUGCAGGCUCGAUUUACAGUUCUGUGCACAUUUACCUAGGAAGUCCCACUCAAUUUAAUGUGACUUGCUUACUUCCAAGUAAACUCAUGCAGAAUUUCACUGUUAUCUGGGCCUGCAUUCAUAAACAACUUAAUAAAACAUGACAGGCAUGUGGUCUGUCUCUCCCUGGUGUUCAUUUUUCUCCCUCUAUGUCAGUGGCUUGUCAAAUGGUGUUUCCAAGAAGCCAUGAAAUUCAUUGAAAGCUUAUCAGGAGCAGAGAAGCUUCUCUGAGGAGGGAGCCUGACCAAUGUCCAUCAUCACCAAUCUUCCCCUGCAAUGUAUACUUGUAGGGAAAGUGCUAGGAAGGCAGGAGGUCCUUUCAUUUCAGUUGGCCAAUAGCAAGCCAGACCAGCCUGGCUGAUGUUCUGUGUAAACCGCUGCAAACAAACAGAUGGUUUUUGACAGAAAAAUAUAUGCAGAAAAAGUUUCCUGAGGGUAAUUCUGAAAGCUUCUGCUCUAGAAUUCUUACUUUCUACCGCUGUGAUGCCUAGGAACCUGUUCCUAGCCCCAGAUUUUCAGUGGUGAGACCCAAACUCUGAAACUCCAUAUACCACAGAUAUGCCUGUCCAGUCUCUACAUUGAAUGAUUAUAAAGAUGUUCAUAUUCUGCAAGGCGUUCAGUGAUGGCAGUUGUCCUGGUGUGUUGUGAGUGGGUCUUUAACCUAGGGAUGGCUUUUAUCAUUCUGUUCUUUUCUUAACCAGAUUGAUUUUUGUGUAUGUGCAUGUUUAUAUACUCUUCUGUUUCAUUUUGUUUAUAUUUCUGCUGUUGAUUUUAAUGUUAUUUUUUGAGAGAGCCAUCUUAAGGGAUCAACUGACCUGUGUGGCAGAUAUUUUAAAAACCAAUGAAAGCAAUAUAGUUUGGGCUCUAUCUGCAGAUAGUAAUCUGUGUUAUUGAAGAAGUUGGUAGCAAAUGCUACCCUUUGUCUACAGAGAAUAUAACUGAAAGUAAAGUAAAUAGCCCUUUUUAUUUACACUGAGUAUGGCAUAUCUCUAGAUUCUAUCUUGGAGCACUUAGAUUCCAGUCCUCUACAAAAGUCAGAAGUGGACUUCCUGAGGCAAGGUAAAUAUCAUAAUAUCAUCCAAUAGUAAGAUGCCUGCAUUUUCUUGUAUUGCUACUGGAUUCAGCUGCUUAUUGUUGUCUGCACUAAUAACAGAAAUAAAAUAUGCAUACCUGUAGAGGAAACUGUAUCUGUACCCUUUCUGUACAUCUUUCUUGCUGUUAAGCACAGCACUCUUUGUCAUUCAUGAAUAGAAAAAUAGAUAGAUAGAUAGAUAUCACAUACCUAUUUCCUUGUAGGGACUAGCGAAUCUGUUCUUUUUUCCAAUCUUAAAUUCAGUUUUCCACAGUUCCACAUUGCUUUGAAAAUUUUCUUUUAAAAGAACAUUUUCUUAUGAAAAUCCAUCAGCAAUUUAGUAUGAAUUUCUCCUAAUAUGCACAUUUCUGCAAAGCGCAUUAUCUCCAAUAGAAUGUAGAUUCGUAAUUUCCACUGAAAUGUGCAUUUUGUGCACACUUCACCUUAGGAUGUGCGUUUUUGCACACCUGGCUAGAGGGGUGCAAUGCAAAAUUCAGAGACGUGCAGAUUUCCAAUGAAAUCUGGUUUGCAUAGUGUUUGGAACAUGCAAAUUAGGUAGGUUUUUCUUUAAAGAUGCCUAUAAAUGCAAAUUGAACUGAAUAUCUUCCCCACCCCUGCCUCCUGGUCAAGGUGACACUCUCUUUCAUAUCAGAGAGUUUGCGGGACUUGUUUAGUAUAUUUAGAUCAGGGAGGCAUACAUACAUUCUCCCAGGUUUUAUCCUCCAAACAACCCUUUGAGACAGGUUAGAUUGAGAAAUAGUAAUUAGUCCAAAGCUACCAAGGGGACUUCAUGGCUGAGUGGAGAUUUGAACACUGCGACUCUUCCAGGAGGCUUGUCUAGCGAGUAUUCGUCCUGAUUUGUUUUCAGAGUGUGUACAGAGGUUAUGCAAUGUGUGCUAUUUACUGAGUAUUCAUUCUGAUUUGUUUGCACAAAAGUUGUGCACCACAUCAAGCGUUUUUGUAUCCUAUACUUUCUAGCACAUAUUUUCCUAUCACUUCCCCUUCCUGAACAAAGUUUGGCGUUGUGGGGAUGGGUGCAAGAGUGCAAAAUCCACCGGAAAUGACCGGUAUAUAAUUGUAUCCCACCCACAAAACAGUGACAAUCUGGAAGCUUCUCCUGGCUCCUAGCCUCUAACCCUCUAAUCACUACAACCCACCAGCUCUCUUGUGUUUCUUCAUUCAUUGCAAAAUUAAUUUCACUGCUUUUCAUUCCCACCUUUGUCAUGAAAAGCUUUCACAGAUGCACAAACAAAACAAUCCCUCUCACUCACUCAUGUGUACGGCAUACACUGUUUAGCAUUACAGUAUUUCUUCUUUCUCUACUCCAUGGUAUGCUAAGGCAUAGAACGCUUCUUUGUUAACCCAGCCUUGCCCAAAGCAGCUGGUAUAUUUGACAGGGAGGAGAACUAGGUCAUUCCCAUGUCAAGUUGUUGAUCUGCCCUUUCCUCUUUGUUUCAGCUUUCAGCUCUUUCCCAUCAGAAGCACAGCGCCCUGUCCCGGUUGUUCCAGAACCAGAAAAAGUACGCAGGUACUGCGCAGACCUGUUCAGAUGUUCCCGCUAUUUCCCAAGGUACGUUUUCUUUCAGGUUGUAUGGUGAAAAUUAAGCAUUAAUAGAUUUUUUUAAAAGCUACCAUAAUUACAGGACAAGAAUGAAAACAAGAGGGCUAAAUAUUCCUGAGCAGUGGGGGUGAAAAUAGGCUGCAGAGCAUUUUUUGCUACUAAGGAUGACAGUAGACAUGGUGGCGAUGUCUUUUCACACAUCCACCCUGUUUGUAUAGAAGAGCUUAACAUGCCUUAAGAAGAGCCCUCCUGAAUUAAGCCAACAUCUCGCCCAGCAUCCUAUUCUCAAAAGUCACAUCCACACCAUACAUUUAAUGAACAUGGCGUCCCCCAAAGAAUUCUGAGAACUGUCAUUUGUUCAAGGUGCUGGGAAUCAUAGCUUUGUGAGGGGUAAACUACAGUUCCCUGUUGUCUUUCUCCAUGGAGUUUUCUUGGCAGGGAUACUGGAGUGGCUUGCCGGUUCCUGCUCCAGGUGGAUUAUGUUUGGUCAAAACUCUCAACUAUGACCUGUGCAUCUUGGGUGGUCCUGCACAGCAUAGCUCAUAGUUUCUCUGAGUUAUUCACUGCCACGGCAAGGCAGUGAUCCAUGAAGGGGAUCAUAAAGAAGGCUGAUCGCCGAAUAAUUGAUGCUUUUGAAUGAUGGUGCUGGAGGAGACUCUUGAGAGUCCCAUGGACUGCAAGAAGAUCAAACCUAUCCAUUCUGGAGGAAACCAGCCCUGAGUGCUCACUGGAAGGACAGAUCCUGAAGCUGAGGCUCCAAUACUUUGGCCACCUCAUGAGAAGAGAAGACUCCCUGGAAAAGAUUGGGAAAGAUUGAGGGCACAAGGAGAAGGGGAUGACAGAGGACGAGAUGGUUGGACGGUGUUCUCGAGGCUACCAGCACGAGUUUGACCAAGCUGCGGGAGGUGAUGGAGGACAGGGGUGCCUGGCAUGCUCUGGUCAAUGGGGUCACGAAGAGUCGGACACGACCAAAUGACUAAACAACAACAACAAAACUACAGUUCCCAGUAUUAUUUCAGGGGAGACUUGUGCUUUAGACGUUCCUCUAAUGUUUGGUGUGGGUGUGACCUCAGUGGUCAAACAGAUGCCUAUAGGAAGUCCACAAGCAGGACCUGGGUGCAACACCACUCUUUCCCACCUUCAAUUUCCACCAACUGGUAUUCAGUGGCAUACAGUCCCCUGGCAAUAGUGGCAUACAGUCCCCUAAAUGUCCCCCUGGUGCUUCCUUCCCAAAGCCUGGGAAGUUUCUGCCCGGCUUGGGGAGGGAGGCACAAUGCUCUCAACAGGGUCCAAGAGUCCUCCCACCACCUUCCUAAAGCCUGCCUGGUGCCUCUUUCCCAAAGCCCGGGAAGCUUCUGCCCAGCUUAGGGAGGAAGAUGUGGUGCUCACACACGCCAUGUCGGGAAAUUAUGAUGUCAAGUGUGCACCGUCCCGUCCCCCCAUCCUCCUUGCAAGCUGGCGAAUCUAGCCCUAACUGUUCCCCUACGAACAAUUUAUCUGUACCCUACAGUCUGGCAGUGAAGGAACUAGUAAGCCAUGGCUAGUAACCCAUAAUAGUCUCAGCCUCUGUGAAUUUAUCUGAUCCUCUUUCAAAGCCAUUCAAGUUUGUGGCCAUCCCUACCUUUGCCUUUGAAUCAUGGUGGGAUUUUGGUUUGUUCCUGUUCUUGUUUUUUGUGUCUUUUAUAUUGCAAUUUUAUGUUGUGAACCGCCCUGAGAUCUAUGGCUGAAGGGCGGGUAUACAAAUUUAAUAAAUAAUAAUAAUGAUACCUCUUAUGGUAGCAGAUUCCACAAUUUAACUAUGUGCUGUAUAAGGAAGUACUCUUCUUGGCUAUCUCGAAAGCUGGGGUAGAAUCUGUUCUGCACGCAGGGGUGAUGCAUAAAAAAGCACACUGAUCCCAAAAACCUCCCCACCCCAUACCUUAUUUCCCCCAAUAUGAGAAGCAGGAACGUGGAAAAGUGACUGGCAGACCGAAUUACAGUGGUACCUCUGGAUGCGAACGGGAUCCGUUCCAGAGCCCCGUUCGCAUCCAGAAGCGAACGCAACCCACGUCUGCGCGAGUCGUGAUUCGCCGCUUCUGCGCAUGCGCGUGACGUCAUUUUGACCAUCAGCAAAUGCGCGAGCGGCAAAACCCGGAAGUAAAACGCUCCAUUACUUCCGGGUCACCGCAGCGCGCAACCCGAAAAUACUUAUCCUGAAGCUACUUCAACCCGAGGUAUGACUGUAUUGUAUUGCAACAUAUAGGAGGAGAAGAGUUCUAUGCGCUCCGUUUAGUAGGAAAGUAAGCAGGACUGGUCCACUAAAGUGAAGUAAGCAAGACUGAUCUAAGACAGAGUAUGAAAGGCUCUCCAUGCCUCAUUCCAUCCCGUCAUGUUGUACCUAAGGCCAUCCGUACUAUUUUGGUAUAUGUGGCAAAAAAAAAUCCACAAAUGUCUCUCCUCACCCCCAGCAGUAAAAAUAUGAGAUGAUAAAUAUCUACUCCCAUUUAAUGACACCCCCAGUCAGCACAGACUCCUCACUCUGCCUCAUGGUAGACUCUUGUCAGCCCCCAUCCCACAUUUUAUAUGUAAAUGGGGCAGACACAUAUAACCUCCCCCGCCCCCGUGUCUGGUUUGGCACAAGACUAGUACAGUGGUGCCCCGCAAGACGAAUGCCUCGCAAGACGGAAAACCCGCUAGACGAAAGGGUUUUCCGUUUUUGAGUUGCUUCGCAGGAUGAAUUUCCCUAUGGGCUUGCUUCGCAAGACGAAAAUGUCUUGCAAGUCUUGAGAUUUUUUUUUCGCUUUUCGCCCCCUUUAUCUAAUCUGCUAAGCCUUUAAUAGCCUUUUAGCAGCUAAUCCGCUAAGCCUUUAAGCCUUUAAUAGCCGCUAAACCGCUAACAGCGCUAAUCCGUUAAGCCGCUAAUAGGGUUGCUUCGCAAGACGAAAAAACCGCUAGACGAAGACUCUCGCGGAACGGAUUAAUUUCGUCUUGCGAGGCACCACUGUAGUUUUAUUUUGUUUUGUCAUUAUGCACUUUGGUCUCACGCAGGCAUGGCCAAAUUUGGCCCUCCAGCUGUUUUGGGACUACAAUUCCCAUCAUCCCUGACCACGUGUCCUGUUAGCUAGGGAUGAUGGGAGUUGUAGUCCCAAAUCAGCUGGAGGGCCAAGUUUGGCCAUGCCUAUCUCAGAGAAUCCCACCUGGACCAAUAGUUAUGAGGUCGAAAGGUGUGUACUGCAUCACCUACUGAAAUGUUAAUGAUGAUUCCUUUUCUUGCUGACCUUUCUGCUUUACAGAUCUUGUAUUUGACGCCUGUAUCUGAAGUUAAUAUCCAUCUGAAUAAAGAGCACUGUAUGAAAUUUCACGGUGAA